AUGAACAAAGUUACCCUUGGCUGGGUGCCGGUCCAUGAUGGCAUUCAGGGGAAUGAAAAAGCAUACACCCUUGCACAGAUAUGCACAGAAACCUUCCUGUGUAAGGAAAGUGCUUGGCUCGGUGGCGCACUCAGUGAUGCAGCACCCAUAUGGCAGAGAGCUAUGGAACAUAACCAAAGUAGAAAGAAGCUGGAGCAGACACAACGGAGAGUAGCACUCCGGGUGUGCAGUGCAUACCGGACUGUUUCUACGGAAGCAGCUCUCGUGAUAUCUGGAACAGUGCCCAUCAAGCUCCAGGUACUGAGCGGACAUGGGUGCUUUGGCUACUAUAAGAGAAGCUUUGCUCUGAGUGACACAGAUGCCUGUGCGUACUGCGGAGAGUGUGACAUUACUCUUCAUACUGUGUUUGCAUGUCCACGGUGGAGUUACCAGCGGAAAGGAGUCGAGGAGAAUCUGGGAAGAGCUCUUACAGUGGAGAGUAUGGUGGCACUGAUGGUGGAGAGCGAAGACAACUGGCGCACAGUAGCUGACUACCUGGGAGUGGUAAUGAGAAGAAAAGAAGAAGAUGAAAGGCAUGUAAAUUUAAGAGCUGAAAUAAGAAGAAGCCUAAGACAAAGAAGAUAA